AUGCAGAACCAGCGAUUUCCUAGGCUUCAAGGCGGCACAAUGUCUGACUUCGCGACGAAUGAACAGACUUUUCAGCAAGCCUUCCAGCCUCCGCUACAGGGGUACGGAUACGGGGGUCACGCAUGCAUGCUUCCUAAACCAUCAACGAAGCGAAAGUUCAGUGAUCUUAAGGAUGACGAUGAUGACAAUCAAGACGACGAUGACUCGACUGGAUCAAACUACUCCGAUAAUCCGUUCGAGUCUGACGAAUCUUUACCACCUCCUACAAAGCGUCCACAGCAUAAGAAAGUACGGACAUCUGGCAAGAGCUCCAAGCCCAAGCACAAGACGAAUGAUCGACCUUCGAGGCUGAGUAUGAAGAGAGAUGCCUUGAUCCGGGAGUAUGGACAAGAUGGAGUCACGAAUGAUGUCAAGAUUAAAGGUUCUGUGAAAAUGAUCAACGGAUCGCUGCAUUGGUGGAAUGCUGACGAUGGAUCUUGGUGGGCUGCAGAUUACCAUAAUAAUUGGAGGGGAACUCUCAUUCAGCUCGAUUCCCAGAAUCCACCUUACGUUGCUGAACCAGAUCGUGGACCGGGCCAAUUUGAUAUUACCAGCAACUGCAAUCAUCUUGAUCAGCACCAAUGGCAGUUUGAAACACCCGAUCAGCUCUGCGCUAUCAAAGACUCGGACGGAAAUGCAGUUUUUGAGUUGCACGACAAGCCCGAUCGCUAUUUCUCUCGUGAACACAAGCCAAUGAUCUAUUCAGGUAUGGUGAUGCUUGACAUAGACAGAACCCCUGUCAUGGACUGGCCUGAACUCCCACUGUGCCUUUCAUCGAGGCUGGAAGGUUGUAGGAUCGAGGCAUACAAACGUGUGUAUCCGUGGAUUCAAGCAACGGAUCUGAGGGCCAGAAUGCCCGCCCAACUCAUUCGUUCGGGUAGACAAAAGGAGGUCUAUGGGCUCAGCACACUUCGUCACCGUUCUAGUCGCUUUCGAGACGAGCACCGCCUGAGCGCGUGGGAUUUGCGGCAAGGUACGAGAGCUAAGCAAGCAAGAUGGCAAGCUCAGGGACAUGCUGCUUCUGAUCACAUGCCGACGAGUACGAGGAGGGUUCACUACGUGCAGACAACGUCACCCCUGAAUCAGCCUCACGUAGUCAGCUACACCACUGAAGGGAUACAACAAUUCGCAGUGACUAACGAUACCCCUUCACCACAUCAUGAGGUAUCCAUGGAUCGCAUUCCCAUUGGGUCUGACCGAGUCCCAGCUAUGACCCAGAGUGCGACCGCUCAGACAGGGUCACCCACUCCAGAGGCUCCCCCUGUGGAGAAUGUUGAUUACUGCUUCGAAAACCCGGUGACAGAUAUUGACAAGCUGCAGAUCCAGAUCGCCCUUCAUUACACAGCCCUUGAUUUCCAACGCUGGCAUGGUGAGACUGUACCCAAAACGCACCCCGAUGGCUCAUACAUGCGACAAUUUUUGGACAUUGGGCAGAUUCACUGGGAGAAAUGGAUGAAAGUUUACGGAGGCAGUUGUCCCGAUCUGUUCCAUUUCACCAAUUGGCCUGGAAGUUUUGCCACUAUCCCCACUCUUGGUUCAAAGAAUCAAAACAAAGUAGCUGGGAUGGUGGGGCUUUUUGGUGCCGAAUACGCAGCUCAAGCCUCGGAAGCAAAUGGAGUAGACCAGAGCCCACAAUUGGGAGUGAAGGCAGAAACUGCGACCCCGGGGUAUGAUCAGACUUCAGACAACUUUGCGGACUUUCAACACGCUGAGAACGCGGACGUGGGGUCUUCUGAGACGGCUGGAGAAUACAAGACCCCGGAUGCUUUCCCGGCUUCUGACCAGCUUGGAGACAUCGACUUCGGCUUUGACAAGUAUUUUGUCGAGAUCUCAUGA